UUUCAAUAGUUUAGUUACAGUAGUUACAGUAGUUAUUAACUCAAACAACUAGUGUGACGUGUCGUCUAACUACGACACGGCAUAUUUAUUGUGUGUGCAUUCUUGUAGUGGCGUGUUUAUUUAUCAAGUAGGUACCUGGUGGACGAUGUUAUGUUUCACAUUUUGUCUUACAAUAUUAAAAGAAACAAAAAAAAAAAAAUUCAAAAAAAAUUACCAAAAUUUUGUAUCUUGCGCACUACUCUUAUACUCUACCUUCUAACUUAUAAUAAUUUAAUUUGGGCUGCUUGUUUUUGUCUUUUUAUUUCUCAAAUAAGUUUAUGAACUCCAACUUUUUUCAUUCAUUUUUAAAUAUAGAAACUUUUUCUUGUCCCAAACACUAUUUGUUAGUUUGCACGUAUACUACAUAAUCUUAUUCUUCGUGGUUUUCCUUUAAUUUUAGUCAAUAGCCACACCUUGUUAUUCGUCAUAAUACAAUUAUUUCUUGAUCAAAUAUCCUACAUAUAUUCCAGCUUAUAAAGCGGCCAUUUAUCAAAAAUUAUAAUUUUAUUUAUCUUGGUAGUAUUGCAUUUAUUUAUUAUAAUUUUUUACUAUCUGAUCUUCCUUCGAUUACAAUUGUCACCAAUAAAUAAUAAUUAUUCUAGAGAAUUAUUUAGUAGAAUUUCAAUUAAAUAAUUAAUAUUUUUCUUGGCCAGUAUGUGAAUGUAUUUAAUAGGUAUAUUAUUCCGUACACGUUCUUCAUACAAAGCUAUUAUUUAUCUUAAUUUAGACUUUCAUUAGAAUAUAUUCUUCUACUGAUCUGUGACCGCUCUUCCUUUAAAGUGUUUGUUUAUCUUCACUAAAAAAAUUUUAUUUCUUAUAUCAAAUGUCUUUUUAAUUUUUUUUCUUCUCUCUGAAAAAGUAUUUAUAUUAAACUGUGACUACUUUACUUAUUUAAAGCACAUAUUUUUCUUCUAUUAGCACUCUCUUCAUUUGGCACUUUCUCUUCAAAGGUCAUUUUAGCACUUAUUUAUCUUCAUUUAGCACAUUCUCUAUAUUAUACGCUUUUUCUCUAUGCAUUGUCUUUAAUUAUAAUUGUCACUUAUAAAAUUAAUAUUUCAUGCAUCAAAUGUCUUAUUAAUUAAUUUAUGUUCUUCGCUAAUUGUUUUACAUUGAUCUAUAACCGCUCUUCCUAUUAAGUGCUUAUUUAUCUUUACUAAAAAAAUAUUAUUUCUUAUAACAAAUGUCUUUUUAAAUUUUUUUCUUCUCUCUGAAAAAGAUUUUAUACUGAACUGUGACCACUUUACCUAUUUAAAGCACACAUUUUUCUUCCAUUAGCACUCUCUUCAUUUGGUACUUUCUCUUCUAAGGCCAUUUCAGCACAUAUUUAUCUCCAUUUAGCACAUUCUCUAUAUUAUACGCUUUUCUUCUUUGCAUUUUCUUCAAUUAUAAUCGUCUCUAAUAAAAAUUAAUAUUUCUUAUAUCCAAAGUCCUAUUCAUUUUUCUUUCCUCUCAAUAAUGUUUUUAUAUUGAUCUAUGGCCGCUUAUUUCUUUUUCGCUUAUCUUUAUUUAUAACUUUCUCUAUAUAGGUACUCUUCUCCUUUUUGGUCACUAUUUUCAUUUAUGUUUCUAUUUAAAAUAUAUUAUAUUACAUUAUUAUAUUAUGCUACAAAAAAAUACAAAAAAAAAAUGUAUAAUAUAAUAUAGGUAUACAAAUAUAAAAUUUUUUUUUUUAAUUUGUUGAGAUCUAUACCUUUUCGCGGGGAACAACAAAUACGUUAGGUCGGCAGAUGCUACCAUGAUAACACGCCACUGCAGUUGCAAUUCAUACUUUUUAAAUAUAAUUUACAUUAAUUCAUGGUGAUGGUAAUGGUGCGUGUAAAAUAAUACCAAUGUUGAUUAUAUUGUGUGCGUUAAAUCUGUGUCGGUGUCACUCAAUUUCGUUGUGCGCGAGUGCGUGUGACCAAACUUUAUAAAAACAUCGACAAUAGGUAUAGUAAUACUUUAUAAAUAAUUUUUAAUUUUGUCGUUCGUUGCCUUCGGUGUCGGGAAAUCUAUUGCCCCUCAAUUACACCAUCAUUUCAUAAAGGACUAACUCAACACACUUGGCCAUCGACCAUGGGAUGGACGUGCUGCUGGUUGGCCGAAACAAGGACAAGCUGCGAGCCGUUGCCGGACUGAUAAGAAAAGAAUCAGCCGGUCGGCGGCGGGUGAUGACGGUAGUGGCAGACUUUUCGGAAGAUCCAGUGGCGCGUUACGGGACGGUCGUCGACUUGGGAGAGCCGGAAGAUGGCGACGGCGGCGACCGGCCAGAACAGCGGGAAGGUGACCAGGAUGACGAUGUGGGCGACAGGUGUUUCUGCGACAGGGACGGACAGCGGCCGGCCCGUCGCCAGUGCCCCCUAUGGUAUCGGCGGCUGAGGGCCAUGGUCGAGGGCCGGUUACAGGCGGACGGCGGGGUGGGCGUGCUCGUGAACUGCGCAGGCGCGUGUUAUCCGCAUCCUGAGUUCUUCGCCGGUAUGACAGCUGACGGUAAUCCCGGAGCCGGAGACGGUGACGGACCAGUGCAGUUCACUGCCGACUAUUGCAGCAAUGCAGACGUGGCCGUCCGGUGCAACGUGGCAGGGGCGGUGCACGCUUGCCGUCUUGUACUGCCCGGCAUGUUGGCUCGUGGACGGGGCCUGGUGAUCAACGUGGGCAGUGCAUCAGCGUCCAUGCCACCGGCCAUGCCACUGAUGGCCUUGUAUGCCGCCACUAAGAAAUUCCUGGAAAAGCUGUCUUCCGACCUGGACGCCGAAUGUGCGUACUUGACCAGGGGGCGUGAAGAUGGAAAUGAUGGUCACGGAGUCCGGGUGCAGUGCGCCCGACCCGCGUACGUGGCCACGGCCAUGUUGCGAUCUGCCAAUCCGGACGUCCGCGUUGUACCCGGUUCCGGUUCCGAGGACGAAGAGGAGGACGACGACGACGACAACUACGGCGACGGCUGCUGGUGGGCUUCCAGGAGAAAGCAAGUGGAGGACCGUGUCCAGCGGUGGCUAGUGCCGUCGGCUCGUCGUUGGGUUCGGUCCGCGUUACGGCAAGGAGGCAGACUAUAUGCCCGUGGCCCGAAUUCGGGGCCCGCCAACUACACUGGGUACUGGCCUCACACUUUGAUGGUGUGGUGCGCGCGGUUGGCCAGCGCUGUGACGUCUCGCCGGUGGUUCGUCGACCAGGUGCUGAUCCCUGGCAUGCUCGUGUACCGUGCCAAGGGGCGAGCGGCCAUCGCAGCGGAGAAGAGGAGGAAAUCAUCAGCCGUGGGGGGCCGUGACAGUCGGCAGGAGACGUCUCGACGACGGCAGGACAAAAUUAGGACGACAUAAAUACAUCGUCGGCAUCAUCGUCGCCGUCGUCGUCGUAAACAACAUCCUGAUGUAGCGGCAAACAAUAGGGCCGAUCAGUGGUAGCUGUUUCUGAGGGUUAUGGCACACUGACGUGGAGGUCAACCAACAGCAGCGGCAGGAGACGGAGGCGGUGGAGGAUUAUAGAUCUCUGUAUACAUUGAAUAUUAUACAAAUUCCCAUAGACACUUGACGGCAUAAUAUAAUAUAGGCUUAGUAGGUUUUCUUCAGUUCACAGGUAGUAUCUCGGGUUGGUGGUGGUGGUCCACAAAAUGUGUUAGAUUUUUUUUUUUUAAUUUCAGGUUCCAAAAUAUGUAACUCUUACCCCUCAAAAAUAAUUAUAACUACAUUUCAUACUUUUAAUAAUCACUUUAGGUAUUAUAAUUUAUAUUGUAUAAUUGACUUUCAAAUAAUCUUGUGGAUUCACUCCCCACCAAAAAUAAAUUUAUCUUGUUUUCCGCAUAUUUUUAUUAUAUACACGAUACUUAUUCUCAUAUUAUAUUAUACAUUUUUUAAUCGGCAAUUUAUAGUGUUGCUCGCUUUUUAAACUAUUUUUAUUAAAAUAUCUUGAAAUACUUAA